AUGGCAUCGCCAGCAGAACUAAGCAUGUAUUUCAAACCUCAUAGCUAUUCCAUGCUGCUGAAAUCAUUUGGAGUUCAAACUGAUCAGACCUACAAGCUCGAAGAGUUCCUUUCUCGCUUAGAGGAAGAACGUCUCAAGAUUGACGCCUUCAAGCGCGAGCUUCCUCUCUGCAUGCAACUCCUCACCAACGCCGUGGAGCAUUCAAGAAUGCAACUUCAUGCCUUCAGAUCAAAUCAAGGCGAAAGGCCAGUUCUGGAAGAAUUCAUACCAAUAAAGCAUUCAAACUCCCAAGAACGCACUGAGAUGGCAUCAAACAUAUCGGAUAAGGUGAAUUGGAUGACAUCUGCCCAAUUAUGGGGCCAAGCAAGCGAAGAAACCAAACCACAAUCCGCAAUUACAAUCCCUAAAGAAGCUGAUAUUGGCUUCAGCAUAAGCCCUAAGCUAACUCUAGACAACAAACAUAGGAAUGGUGGAGCCUUUUCACCAUUCUCAAGAGAACGAAACUCCUCCCAAGUAUUACGGGUUCUUCCUGAGUUGUCCCUUGCCUCUUCUGAGAAAGAAAUUGAGGAGAAGAAAUGCGAAAAGACAGAAAAUUUUGGAGUGGUUGUAGAUCAAGGGAAAGUUGCUGCAGUUUCAUCUGAGGCAAAAACAAACACCACCACCACGACUAGCCAAACUCAUAGGAAAACAAGAAGGUGCUGGUCACCAGACUUGCACCGUCGAUUUGUUAAUGCUCUUCAAACGCUCGGUGGAUCUCAAGUGGCAACCCCAAAACAUAUAAGGGAGUUGAUGAAGGUUCAUGGUUUGACAAAUGAUGAAGUUAAAAGUCAUCUCAAGAAAUAUAGGCUUCACACUAGAAGACUAAGUCCAAGCUUACAAACAGGAGCACCCACACCCCAGCUCGUAGUCCUAGGAGGAAUUUGGGUCCCACCAGAAUAUGCCACGGCGGCAGCAGCAGGCACCUCCGCCCUCUAUGCCCUGCACCCGCCGCCACCGCUCUACUGUGCGGCCACCCCAGUACCCCAACAAUUCUACACUGCUGCGCCGUCGCAGUCUGCACUGGCGCCACCUCCACACCACCACGCCCUCCACCAUCACCUUCACCUGUAUAAGACUGCGCCGCAUCCUGAAAGCUCUCCAGAAUCCGACGGCGGCAACCGGUCAGAGAGCAUAGAGGAUGGGAAGUCAGAGAGUAGCAGCUGGAAGGACGAGAGUGGAGAGAACAAAGGAAAGAUAAAGGGGUUGGCUGCACUUAGAGAAGAAGGGGAAGAGAGCACCGGGAGUGAGAUCACUCUGAAAUUCUAG